AUGUGUCGUUUUCUAAUCUACAAGGGUAAAGACCCUAUGACGUUGUCCAAUCUGCUCACAAAGCCGCAGCACUCGAUUAUCAACCAGUCGUACGACUCUCGAUUGAGGAUUGAUGCGCAGCCGGUGAAUGGAGACGGGUUUGGAGUUGGAUAUUAUACUUUGGAUGGAGGGAGAGGAGACAGAGCACCGUGUCUUUAUAAGGCCAUCACGCCUGCAUGGAACAACCUAAACUUACAAAGGAUCAGUGAGAAGACCCGAAGCAAGCUUAUAUUUGCGCAUGUUCGUGCGUCCACGUACGGUGUCUUGAGUGAAACCAACUGCCAUCCCUUUACAUACGAGAACAUUAUGUUUAUGCACAAUGGCGGAAUAUCCAAUUUUGACAAGAUCAAAUUACGACUGAUCAACUUUAUAGAUGAGAAGUUCUUUUUACAGAUCAAGGGAUCCACCGACAGUGAAUGCUGCUUUGCUCUUCUACUCCAUUGUCUCAAGGUGAAUGGGUUUGAUCCCGACAGUGGAGAGCUGUGUGAUUUGAAAAUCUUGAGACAGUCUGUCGUUGAUACUAUUCAGCACAUCAAGAACUGGGUGAAGGAGGUCAGCAAUGACCCUUCCUUAUUGAAUUUUGCCGUUACAGAUGGUGAAAACAUUGUUGUAUCUAGGUACGUGACGUCCAGAACUGACGAGGCUGCCUCUCUCUACUUCUCCACGGGGUCCAACUUUGUCGAGUUUGCACCAGGGAGGUUCAAGAUGGAGAGGAUGAACAAGUCCCAGAACUUGGUGAUGGUGGCCAGUGAGCCCUUGACUUUUGAACGUAACGACUGGUUGUCGGUCCCCACCAAUUCCACAAUCUCCAUCAGCAAGUUGAAUGUCUUGCUGCAUCCAAUUCUCGAUGAGUACUAUUCUCCAGACCCUACGCAGUCUCGGUCAUUCGACUACGCUUCAUCCAAGGGCAUGAUUGGCUCCUAUCCAACCGAACAGGACACGUACAACGAGGUGCCGCCUCUUGAACGGGAGGGCCGAGCUGUGCCUACACACUGA